AUGAUCGGUCUCGGGGACCAAAGGUGGUGGGGUUUCCAUGCUCCUCGUUGGGGGUUACCCUGGGUUGUCUACUACCCGGUCGUGGUGACCAGGACCAUAGCUAACCACAUACCGUAUGUACCGUUCCUGAGUCAGCUACUGCAGCUGUACUUGAUAUAUGACGACAUGUCGUCAAGUGCUUUGGGCUCCACUCUGACUAUGAUACCGAUUUCGUUUGUGGUUUUUAUCAUUGUCGCAUCAUCACAGAGGAAAGCAUAUAUGGUGCUGAUGAAGCAAUUUUUAGGUAGUAUCCACUUGAACAACUUCAGAAAUGAUCAUGAGCAUAUUGAUGAAAUACUGAUAAAGGUGGAGAAAUAUAUCCGAUAUACGUCGUACGGACUCGUCGUUUUAACAAAUCUUAUAUCUGUCAACUGGAUCGUUAUCCCUACGUUGUUCAACAUAAGAAACAUAGAUAGCAUUAUAAAUAGAACCAGCGAAUUUCAAUCUAUCGUAUAUUUUUAUAUGCCGUUCGACUAUUUACAUGACUUCAGGAAUUGGGUUAUACUACAUGCUAUUAAUACAUUCAUGACAAUACUCGCUAAUAGUAUGAUAAAUUUCUUCAAAAUACUCACAUACAUGUUCAUUUUCCACUGGAUCGGACACAUAAAUAUAUUGAAAUAUAGAGUUCAGAAGUUUACUGUUUCCGAAAAUUGUGGACAGAAGUUGGUCGAUAUAAUCAAAUAUCACAUGUUUAUAAGACGAGUGUUUUCAGAUAUAGAGGAAUCUUUUGGUAUCCUUGUGACGGUGACGUACCUGCAUAAUCUACUUGGAGAUAGUCUACUACUCUACAAUUUUAUGUUUGGUCAAAAAGAGAAUUUUCUCGCUUUUGGUCCAAUGGUAGUUUUGUAUAUAGGAGACCUCGUACUUCUGUCGUUUGUUCUAGAAGAAGUAAGACGCCAGACAAUCUAUCUCUCAGACAUUGUGUACGAUAUGCCGUGGCAAAAUAUGUGUCUCCAAGACCAGAAAACCUACUUAAUUUUCCUCGGCCGAGUUCUGGAACCGUUUGAGUUUAUAUCCGCCUGUGGCCUGAGGACCGGCGUACGACCAAUGGUGUCUAUUAUCAAGUCGACUUUUUCGUACUACAUCAUGUUAAAAUCGAGCAUGAGAGGAGAUUAA